UAAUAGCGUCCUGGCGUGAGUGAGGACCCUACGCACUUCCGUGCGCGACUCGCAGUUUUCGGUUCCAACAAUUACCUUCUGUUUUUCCCUCCGUCCAAAUCGUUCGCCAGGAGCUUUUGUGUCUGGAUUUGGGGCACUUCUUACAGGCCUUCUCCCCUUCCCUCCUCCCCGUGGUCCGCGAUGGGACGCACGUCUAAGGACAAGCGCGAUGUCUAUUACCGCCUGGCCAAGGAGGAAGGCUGGCGGGCUCGCAGCGCCUUCAAGCUGCUUCAGCUGGACGAGGAAUUCCAGCUCUUCAGCGGCGUGAGGCGGGCAGUGGAUCUCUGUGCCGCCCCCGGGAGCUGGAGCCAGGUGCUAAGUCGCAAGCUCGGGGAGUCCGGCCAGCCGGCCUGCAUCGUGGCCGUGGACCUGCAAGCCAUGGCGCCCCUGCCAGGUGUGGUGCAAAUCCAGGGGGACAUCACCAAGGCAUCCACGGCGCAGGAGAUCAUCGGGCACUUCGAGGGGCAGCCGGCAGACCUGGUAGUAUGUGACGGCGCCCCUGACGUCACGGGCCUGCACGACAUUGACGAGUACAUCCAAGCGCAGCUCCUUCUGGCCGCCCUCAACAUUGCCAUCCACGUCCUGAAGCCGGGAGGCAACUUCGUGGCCAAGAUCUUCCGCGGCCGGGACGUCACCCUGCUCUACUCGCAGCUGCGUCUCUUCUUCCCCGACGUAGUGUGUGCCAAGCCUAGGAGCAGCCGCAACUCAAGCAUUGAGGCCUUCGCUGUGUGCCGGGGCUUCACGCUCCCAGAGGGCUAUGUGCCCAGCAUGCUGAACCCUCUGCUGGACCACAGCUAUCACGGUGACUUCAAUCAACUCGAGGGCCCCACGCGGCUCAUCGUGCCCUUUCUGGCCUGUGGGGACCUCAGUGCCUACGACGCCGACCGCACCUACCCCCUGCAGCUCGAAGGAAGCCCUGAGUACCGGUACACACCGCCCACACAGCCACCCAUCCGGCCGCCUUACCAAGAGGCAUGCAGACUCAAAAAGUCUGGGGGUCUGGGCCGGGGCUCACUGCAGCCGGGGGCCCUGCCCGAUGCCCAGGAACAGGCAGCUUCCCAGCCCGAGAACAAGGGAGAGCAGGCUGUGACCCAAACCCUGGGCUCCCUGUCCCUGGACUCCUAGGAAGGAGUUCCUCUCCCCCAAAAGGGCCUCUGGAAACAUCCCUACAACCUCAGGGGAUGUAAUUCUCCAGGUGCAAGGUCUUCCUUUCCUAAUUCCUCCUUAGCAUUCCCUAGGCUGAAUAUAACAGUUUAAAUUGGUAUCUGUAGAGGUGGGAUGGGAUAAGGGAAAAUAUAUGUGUAUAUGUAUGUAUGCAUGCAUACCUAUACACAUAUAUACAUGCACAUGCAUAUUUGAAAUACCUUUUGAUUUACAUAUAUAAAAUAAAAUUUAUUUUUGUCAAUUUUUUAAAAAUUAA